CUUCCGCAGAGCCAUAGAGAGGAACCGGUUAGCGAGGGCCUUGGUGGAGUGCUCAGGACUCGGAAGCCGCAAGGGUUGGAGGAACCGGAGGGACCGUGGGGAUCUGGAACCUGGGCAGAGAAGUGGUCUUCAAGGCGCUAGGCAGAUCGCAGGCGGGGAAGAGCGGGCUCGCCACAGUUCGGGUCAGGCACACGCGAGGGGCAGCCCCGAGCGCCGUCCCACAAGCCCCUGCGGCACCCGGGUCCUGACCGGCCUCCCGAUCUUCUGCCGCACGUGCCUUUGCCGCGAUGCCCAAAUCCAAGCGAGACAAGAAAGUUUCCUUAACAAAAACUGCCAAGAAAGGCUUGGAACUGAAGCAGAACCUGAUAGAAGAGUGAGUUUCUAAUGCUGCCCAGAGUUAGAAGGCUGGAGGUCACCAGGUGGUGACUGUGGCCAUCCAUCUACAGCUGACCUGCUGGCUCUGGGCCAGCUUCGGAAAUGUGUGGACACCUACAAGUACCUCUUCAUCUUCUCUGUGGCCAACAUGAGGAACAGCAAACUGAAGGACAUCCGGAACGCCUGGAAGCACAGCCGGAUGUUCUUUGGCAAAAACAAGGUGAUGAUGGUAGCCUUGGGUCGAAGCCCAUCUGAUGAAUACAAAGACAACCUACAUCAGGUCAGCAAGAAGUUGAGAGGUGAAGUUGGGCUCCUUUUUACCAACCGCACAAAGGAGGAGGUGAAUGAGUGGUUCACAAAGUAUACAGAAAUGGAUUUUGCUCGAGCGGGGAACAAAGCAACUUUAACAGUGAGCCUGGAUCCAGGGCCCCUGAAGCAGUUCCCUCAUUCCAUGGAGCCACAACUGAGGCAGCUGGGGCUGCCCACUGCUCUCAAGAAAGGUGUGGUGACCCUGCUGUCUGACUAUGAAGUGUGCAAAGAGGGUGACGUACUGACCCCAGAGCAGGCCCGUGUCCUGAAGCUGUUUGGGUAUGAGAUGGCUGAAUUCAAAGUGACCAUCAAAUACAUGUGGGAGGCCCAGUCGGGAAGAUUCCAGCAGAUGGACGAUGAUGACCUUCCCGAGAGUGCACCAGAGUCUGAGGGAGAGUCUGAGGAGGAGGAUGACAGCUGA